AUGGAUUCAGGGCAGGGAGGGAAGCUCAAUAGAUUCCUGCGCAGCUGUGGAUUUGGCGGCGCCGCGAGGCAGCACCAUUCGUCCCAGACAGGGGCGGCUUCAGCGACAGCGGCGGCGAGCGCUUCGGCAAGAAAUCCAUGGGACGAUUGCUUGGAAUGCCCGGUUUGCUGGGAGAAUUUCAAUGGCGGCGACCACACGCCUUACGUUCUCUUCUGUGGCCACACCCUGUGCAAGACGUGCUUGAUGGGCCUCCAGUGGGGGACGAUCAAGCCACUCCAGCUCCAGCUCCCUCUCCUCGUCCCGUGCCCCUGGUGCCAGUUCCUCACGCUCCGCCUCUCCUGGAAGGGAGGCCGCCUCAAAUUCCCGGCGAAGAACUUCUUCCUCCUCUCCAUCGUCGAGGCCGCGAGGGGCAGCUCCUCGGCCGCUACCACCGAGUGCUCCAAGCCGGAGGAUCACGUCCCGGCGAGCCGGAGGCUGGACAAGGGCGCCUGGAGGAUGAGCGACGUGUGGCAGAUCGGGCUUAACUUGCAGCAGCGCCGGGUCUGGCACGAGAUCGUCCACGACGAGUGGAAUGCCGACCAGGUGUUGAAGCUCAUCCGGCUGAUCGCCCAGGUGAUCUCCAAGCUGCCACCGAUGAUCUUGCUGCUCUUCCUGGUGUUUUACGUCCUGCCCUUCAGCGCUCUCGUGCUGGUGCUCUACAGCUUGGUGACGCUGGUCUUCGCGGUGCCUUGCUACCUGGUGCUCUACUUCUCGUAUCCGGGCAUGCAGUGGCUGGCCCGAGAGAUUGUUGCUGCUUGA